GGUCGAACGAAAGGUGUCAAAAACCAGUUUCAUAGUAUUAUAAUAUGAAAAAAAAAAGGUGUCACAUUGUCACGAAGUUCAAGCAUGAAAUCUCCUGAUAUAGAAAGAUUAUUGGACACUUUAGGUCAACCGGGCAGACUGCAGAGCAUAUCUUGCUUUUGUCUGUUUGUCAAUUUAUGGGUGGUUAUGACGAAUCAUAUGUCCUCCGUAUUUUUCGCGGCGAAAACGGAGUAUUCGUGUAUAGACAAAAAUACAAGCUCCCAUGUUUUACCACUUUUGUCAAGAAAUGGACAAGCUGAAACUGACGAGUGUUCUAUAUUGAUCAAUAAUAACACGGAGAAGUGUACUGUUUGGGAUUAUCAUUUGCCUGAUGGAGAAACAACCAUAAUAUCUGAGGUAUUUAGAAUUAGAUGUAUGAAAGCAUCUGUUGUGUUUGCAACUCGAUUGUGACCAAUGGGGGGAGGGGGGUCUAGACCCCCACUUUUCUUCCGGACUAAUUUUGUAAUUAUUCCAAAACUGAAGAGAAUUUGGGGGGAGGGGGAUAUACGUAACCUCUGCUUGGAUGCUUUCAUCAAUGGCAUAAAAUAUACUAAAUUUGCGGCGUUCAGAUUAUCAUUUUCAGAUUAGCAUGAAACAGCGUUUUGCAGCCCCCACACCAUGGCUGUAUGCAGGAUUUUUUCAUCGGGGGCUGGGCGGGAUGAAGUGUUUAUAUGGGAAUUUUUCAUCUUGCUUAGGCGGGAUCCCCGCAUCUGUUGCCGAGAUCCCGUCUAGGUGGGAUAAGUGACAGGAUCAUAUAAACACUCUUUAGAAUUUGUAUUAUGAGCGGGAUCUCGGUAAGCAUCCCGCCUGGCCGGGAUCAUAUAAACAGGCCCUAAAUUCUUUAAUUGAAUUCCUCCAUUUAGUUUGACUUGGUGUGUGAUGAUGCGUAUAAGAGUGAUCUGACAACAACAAUAUAUUUUGCUGGUGUAAUGAUGGGUGGUGUGGUGUUCGGUAUUUUGGCUGAUAAGUAUGGUCGAAAACGUGUUGUUAUUUCAACAUUAUUUUUAUCUGGUAUUGUUGGUGUAGUCACUUUUGUGUUAAGAACGUAUGUUGCCUAUGUUGUACUCAGAUUUUUCUUGGGAUUUUUUAUGCAGGUAAGCAUGAGAUAAGCAUGGAUUUUUUUGCUAUUUUUAUGUUUUGGGCAAAUUAAAAUCAUAACCCCAUAAAGCCACAUCCAUUACCCUAACCUGGGGUUUGGUUUAUCCUAACAAAAACUAACUGCCAGCCCAGAAACUGCAGGUAGAAUUUGCAGGUUGGUGGCUGAGUUUUGAAAACUUAGCUUAGUCACAUAAUUCCUAGGAACCUUACAGAUUAGGUUGACAGAAUUAAGCGUAACCACUGUCAUGCCAUGAUUUGCGAUUUGAUUUGUCAUCAAAAUGCACUCGCCAUAUUCCAGUGUGCAUAAAGAGAGGCAUUCACAACCUGAACGUCUGCCAUUUUGAAUAUGUUUAGGGGGUGAAGUGUAUCUAUAAACAUGCCACAGAACAAGUCAUUUGCAACAAAUAUAUUGUACCUUAUUUUUUAGGGUGUGCAAAAUUCUUCAUUCGUUCUUACCAUGGAGAUGCUGCCAAUGAAAUACCGUGCUAAAGGCGGUAUUCUGUUUGUUGGAUCUGGUGUUUUUGGUGUACUACUUCUUGACUUUCUUGCAUUUGUUAUACAAGACUGGAAAUAUGUUCAGCUCUGUACGGGAUUGUUACCUUUUCUGCAAGUUCUUGUAUUAUGGUAAGUACGGUAUUCCCCGUAAAAUUGUCUGGUGUUAGACAGAGUAAAAUAAUAAAGUAGGUCACAUCAGGGUGCAUUGCCAUUUAAAUUAAAGGCUUGUUAAUUAAUUUUGGUUUUUAAUCCAUUUAAAUUGCACCAAACAUUAUUUUACUCUGUCUAACACCAGACAAUUUUACUCAUCAAGGGGGAUAGCUCUGGUGCUUAGUGGGUUAAAGCCACUGAGGGAUUGUUACCUUUUCUGCAAGUUCUUGUAUUAUGGUAAGUAUGGUACAUGGCAAGGUUUAACCCAUUGAGUGCUAGCACUUUCCCCGUAAAAUUGUCUGGUCUUAGAGUCAGAGUAAAAUAAUAAAGUAAGUAAGGGCACAUCGGGGUGCAUUCACUGCAUUGCCAUUUAAAGGGUUAAUUAAUUAAUUUUGGUUUAAUUAACCCAUUUAAGUUGCAUUGCACCCUACAUUAUUAUUUCACUCUGUCUAACACCAGACAAUUUUACUCGUCAAGGGCAGAGCUCUGCGUGGUGCUCAGUGGGUUAAAAAUAUUUCAGAAUAGUUUAUAUAUUGUGAUGAUGAACCAUAAUUGUAUUUCCGGCUACCAACUUACUGACAAGGUCCUCACCAUUAUUUUAUUUUUAUUGAUAAUUUUUUUUUCUUGUAGUCCAACAAUGCGUCAGAUGUCAGACCAGUACAAAAAUACAAUUGAAUAUUUAUUCAAUUUUCAGACACAAACCACGGCCACAGAGUACUACCACAGAAUAAGCACACAGAAGGUCAACUCGAGUAACCGCUGCCACACCAUGGUUCAUCAUCAAAAUGCCGACACCAUGGUCAUGCGCGACCUAGCCAGUGCGCGUUUGAGAGGCAUUCCCCCCCCUGGACAUCCACCAUUUUGAAAUGAUCACAGGGGUGAAUGCCUCUCAAACGCGCACUGGCUAGGACCAUGGUGUCAGAAUUUGAUGACGAAUUACGGGUUACACCAAAAUCAUAGGAGAAUCAUAGGAAAAACCAAGAAGUCAGCCUUCUGUGUACCCUAUUCUGUGGUACUACACAGAAGUCCAUUUCCAUUGUUUUUUGCAUAAGCAGUCCUCCCCCCCCCUGGAAAUACUCAAAAAUGGCGCACGUCCAGGGGGAUGACUGCUUCUGUUUACGGUACCACAGAAUAGGAAGUUAUACCAGAAGCGUAACUCGAGCAAAUAUUUGUCCGCGUUUUUACAAGCGAUUCGUCAUCAAUCACGCCAUCCUGGCUAGUACAACCGGCACUUUGUACCUACCAAAUCCUGAUAAAAACUUCCGGCUGUACUAGCCAGGAUGGCGUGGAUUGGCGUGAGCGAGUUAAAAUUUUCGUGCACGUCAAACAAUAAGGGAAACGACAAGAGUUACGCUUCUGGUAUAACUUCCUAUUCUGUGACGGUACUUGCUGAGUGACGAAUCAUGACGAAUAGCGCUUACGCAAAAAACAAUGAAGAUGAACUUCUGUAUAGUAUUCUUUGCCACGUCGUGCCCACUGGUCGUGCCUUAUUUCCAUGCUUAUUUUUCACGCGGAACUCAGUUUAUAUUUGACGUAUUCCGGUCUAAUUAUUGUGGUGCAAGCAUGCACAUUACAAGCAAGAAUUGGUAUGUAUUUUAUGCGCACAAGGGAAGGUUUUAAAAUGUGAUAGUAAUUUAGAAAUUCAUCCCGAAAGUUAAAACUUGGACAUCUUUUUUAGUGUGUUGUGUACUAUUUAAAACACGAGUAGGAGUGCUUUAUCAGAUAUUGUUCACAAUAUUACCACCAUGAACUCUGAAGUCAAGCCAACUCAACAUAUUCCCACAAGAUCAACCCGAAAUACUUCCGAUCCUAGUCUACUCUACUUUCAUCCUAAAAGAUGUAAAACCAUAACUUUUCAACGAUCAUUCUUCUCACGCACGUGCAGAGUUUGGAACAACCUACCUGACGAAAUGCGCCGCAUGGAUACAUCUUUAUUACGCUUUAGAAGUUUGCUUAAAGAAUAUUAUUUGACGGCAUCUCAAACAAUUUUCGAUUCGGAUGAUCCAAGGACAUGGAAAUCUGUGUGUCUGAAAUGCAAUUCAGCACGCAGGAUAUCCACGUCAUGUUGUAGUUAGUGCAUGUAUUCUCUCACUUAUCGGGACCACAGUAAUUGGCUUCACACGCUGUUGUGGGUAGUAUUGGGUACCCGGCCACGAAGUAUUCAUUGACUAGUUGUUUUCUGUCUUGUUUAGUUCUUAAGUGUAUGUCAGUAUGUGUAUAUAUAUAUCUCUCUAUUGUGGCAAAAUAAAUAAAUAAAUAUAAAACACAGAUGAGUGUCUUAUAUCUGAUAACGCACGGACACGAGUGUUUUAAAUGGCUUAAAAAACGACACAUCUUAUGAGUUUAUUGGCGAAGUAAUUUUAAAAACCAACGUUGUUUAAGCCGAGAAAAUCAAAGCUAAAGUUUAUGACUAUGUAAAUUAACAUCAUUUUCUAUUAGUUAUAAAACCACCAACACGGUUAUGAUUUCCUUCGUCUGCUCCUCGUGAAUUAUUAAUGAGUUUUUUAAUUGUUUUUAGGUUUCUUCCUGGCUCGCUGAGGUGGAAUAUUGUUCAAAAGAACAUCAGGGAAGCCGAGGCCAUCAUUCAACGAACAGUCACGUUCAACAAACUAACUUUUCCACAAAAAUUAUUUGAUGAAAUCAAAAACGUUGCAUUGAAUAAAAAAAAUGAUGUGCAAGACGAGCAGAAGAAGGGAAACGCUAUUGAUAUUUUUAGAUCUCCGACAUUACGAAAAAUUACAUUUAUACUUUUUCUUAACUGGUAAGUGAACGAGAAAUAUAAGCUUAAAAAACAGAUACGCAGUGUACAUAUGUAGCUGGCCUGGUAGAUUAUACUGUAUAUACAGGGUGUUCUACACAGCUAAUAUGAGUAACGAUUAAUGGGAAUCGAUAAUGCAAUGUAAGGGAUGAAUUUUGACUAAGAUUUGGUCCAGUAGAAACAAGCUAUGUUAAUACAUGUUCCCGUUAAAUGUAUUCACUUUUUUACUCAUUGGGUUGAAUUGCUUGUUUCGUAAACUAAUAAAAUAUAAUUUCAUAUUUGCAAUAUUCUAGGUUUACAUUCGCGCUUGGAUAUUACGGUUUGGCCUUUCACAUAUCACAUCUUUUUGGAAACAAAUAUUUAAAUUUUGCAAUCAGCAGUAUCAUGGACGCGAUUUUCGAGAGCAAUCUUCUUUGGAUUGUGCCAAGGUGACUAAAUAGUGUUCCAACGACUUGUCAACGGGAUGUGUUCGCAUUGCUUGUUCCCAGCUUGUUGACAACUUGCUACAAAGUUGUUGAGCUCAACAGACUUGUUACAAGUUGUCACAACAACUUGUUAUCGUCCUGCAAUUCAACAAUUUGUCAACAAGUUGUGAGUGACAACCUUGUAGCACGUUACAAGUUCUUGACAAGUUUGCUACAAGCCAGUUGCGAAAACAUCUUGAUUGUUGUUGACAGGUUGUGAGAGUUUUACGUGUGCACAAUAUAUGAUCCCUCCUAAAUUAGCUCCGCCAUUCAUACACCAUUAACACCAACACGAAUCAAAUGAAGAAACGUUUGAAAGCACAGCAAGUACAAAACAUUAACUUUCACUAUUUCCAGAUAUGGUCGGCGUCGUCCACUAACUAUUUCAUUUUUCAUCUGUGCUGUGGCAAACGUUGUUUGUUCUAUAGUGGCUUCCCAAUCUGGUGAGUGUAAGAAAGAAUGGACCCAGUACACCCAUGAACCCUGUGAACAGAAUGAACACAAUGUUCAGCGUGCAACAGAAAUGAAACAGCCGCACAUUUCUGUAUGUGGGAGGGGCAGUUGCCCCCAGAAGAAGCGCCUUUCACCUCUGUGAAAAGAGUCAGUCAACGCUCUGUCGAAAGUCGUGGGUUUUCUCCGGGUGCUCCGGUUUCCUCCCGCAGCCCGCAGGGAAAGUUGACAGGGUGGGUUAGGAUAAACUUGGAUAAACACAGUUAAGAAAGUAAUAUCACAAGAUAAAAUAGUCCAGGCGACGUAAGUAACUGGGUAAGCGUAAUACUUGAUGUAAAGCGCCAUAAUUUUUAUAGUAAAGUCAAAACUAUUUUUCUUAGUGUCAACUUCGAUGAAGUAUCUUGGAACAACUAUGGCAAUAAUUGGGAAGUCUAUGAUAGCCUGCAGUAUAUCUAUUGGUUAUACAUACACAUCUGAACUUUAUCCAACUGUUGUUAGGUGAGGAGUAACUGAGCUUUGAUAAUAUUUCUCAACACUGGUGAUGAUAUUUAUCUUGAUGAUUUUCUCAACAGAAAUGGCAGUUUAGGAAUGAAUAUAUUUUGGGCAAGAGUUGGAGGAAUGGCUGCUCCGCAAAUCUUCUUCCUUGUAAGUAUGACAAUAGUGUAUUUCCAUACUAAUCGAACAAGUAUGAAUUUUGUACAUUUAUUAGACCUAACUAUUAUUUCACAAUUUUUCCAAUAUUUCAUUUUUCACCAUUAGGGAACAUAUACGUCCAAGUUUGUUCCUUACACCAUCCUGACCGCACUGACUUUGCUCUGCGGUUUUUCGACUCUACUUCUUCCCGAGACAAACAACACAGGUAUGUCCGACAGACUAGAGAUCUCAAUGACGUCAUUAUUGGAUCAACAAGACGAUUUAAUCAAUUCCGAUAGAACGAAGUUUCAAUGUUAUGAGACGUCAAUAUGAAGGAAAAUGGCUGAUUAUGCGAGGUGGAAAAGACUUACAAUCCUGGGGCUGGUUGUUUGAAAGCUGAUCAGAUUAGCCCCAGGUUAAACUAAAGUUCAAAGCAAACUUCACAAGAGCUCUUCAGAGAUCUUGUCUGGAUCAGUAGAUUUUUACUUCUCUGAAAUCUUGAAAUAAACAGACAUGCAGAAAUACAUAAAGCGCUAAUCUAGCUCUGAACAACCGGCCUCAUCAAAACCUGCGACACUGUUAUGAGUCUUAUGUUCAGCAGCCAGGAAAUGUUUAACAAAAUUUUGUUACAAAAAUUUAACGAAAUUCUGUUACAUCUUGGAGGAAAUUUAGGUGUCGUUCUAGUAAGAAUAUUAAAUAUUUAUUUGUAAACUUUUUGUAAGAUAUUCACUAAUUAUCUAAUUAGAGGGAAAUAAAGGGAAAUUAAGCUCGUUUACACUACGCUCAAUUUUUGGUACGACACGGAUAAAAUUUGUACCCGUACCAAAUUUAUCCGUUCUCAGCCUUUGUAAAUAGGUAAUCCGAGCACAGAAAUUGAGCGCAGUGCGCGUCCGAGAUUAUUGAAAAAAGUUAUAGAUAUUAUACAUUCAAAUUUUAUUCUCGUUCGGUGAUUGGUCAACGAGCCCUGUGGAGCCCAAGUCCCAGCGCGGUCAACAGUUUUUUAAAAGCGCGCGAAAUUUUUGGAGCAAGAAGAAAAACGCUUGAAAAUGGCUUGUAGAAAGUUUCAUUUGCUCCUUUUCGCAGAGAAAAUCGAAAAAAGACUAUGACAAUACCGAAAAGGUUGUGAAGCAAUGCAAAACAAUCUUCGACAGGUAUUUUUUAUAUAUUUUCUCUACUUUACCCAGUAAAUAUAUCAGUUUAUCUUUUCCUGUUAUAAAUAUUUAAUAAUUCACUCGCUGCUUUGAACAGCUUGCUGCUUUGAACAAAAUGCAUUUUAAACUCUUUCUUGAACAACCUGUUAAAACUUUGCUAGUACUACCUGAGUGGUACUGAAGUCUGCAACUCUAAGAAAUCUUAUACUAGUGAAAGAUUGGGAUAUGUUUUUAAAUUAAACAGGUCUGGUUCAAGCGAUGAAAUAAGUCAUUGAAGGAAGUAUGUUUCACGUUUUAUUUAUGAUUACUGGCAUAUUGUUCGUUUAUGGGACUCAAUGAGUAUGCAAUAUUGUACUCGAAUUAGCUGUAUCGUAAAAAGUAAAAAUUACAAUAUUACAAAUUCAAAUUACUUUCCUUUAAAAGUAAUUAAUUACUAAUUACUUGUUGAAAAGUAAUUAAUUACGAAUUAUUUGUCACUCGCAACUUGUUGAAUGGGCCUUAUGCAGGUUUCCGUCCAAUUUCCAGGAAUUUCAGUUAUAAUACUGGAAGUUUUAUAUGUUGUUUAUAUCAUUAUUACGAGUGUUCACAAAAAAUUUUGAAUCAAUAGGAUUAAUUCCUCUUGAGUUACGGCGUCUUGAAAAAUAAAAUUGCUGACGUCAGCGUUAUUUUCGAACGUCUUCAGAAACUGUUAUAAACAAAAUUUAGUUCAAAAUCCUUGGUUAAGGUUAAGACGGGAUUUCUUACCUAAUAUAAACAAGAAUCUAAACAUUUUGGCCAAAACUCGCCUUUAUUUUAGCAUUUGAUUUUUGGAUAAAUGCAACGCUUUAUAUCCAAAAAUUUCAAAAUAUCAAAUGCUAAAAUAAAGGCGAGUUAGGGCCAAAAUGUUUAGAUUCUUGUUAUAUCAGGUAAAUUUUUUUUUAUUUAUUUAUUAACUUUACAACCAUACAUAAAGUAGAUUAAACCCUACAUAAUAUGGUUGAAGGUAUGGUCAACAGGACAUGAAUAGCCCCAUGUGAAGACCAACCUUAAAAAGUCCCGUCUUAACCUUAACCAAGAAUUUUUAACUAAAUUUUACACAGUUUCUGAAGACGUUCGAAAAUAAUGCUGACGUCAGCACUUUUAUUUUUCGAGACGCUUUCACUCAGGAGGAAUUAAUCCUAUUGAUUCAAUAUUUUUGGUGAACACUCGUAAUAAUGAUGUAAACAACAAAUAAAAUUUCCAGUAUUGCAACUGAAAUUCCUGGAAAUUGGACGGAAACCUGUAAAAGGCCCAUUCGGGAGGACAAUAAUAAGCUGUUGGAACAACUUGUAACAAGUCUUGAUAUUUUUUGUGUGUUUUGAUCAUCAAAACAUCCACAAAAGUAUCAUGAUCAUAGCAUUGGUACCGAAGGUACUGGACUUAGUUCCGAAAUACCACACACUCGAACACACUUGGCCUCGUGGCUCAGUUGGCAUGCAGAGCAUUGGACUGGUAUCCCAAAGGUCGCGGGUUCGAUUCCCACCGUGGUCAAGCUAACUUUUCAGCCUGCCCGGUGUGGAUAUACACUCAGAGUAACAUAAAAAAAACAUUCAGCUCAACAAUCUUGUAGUAAGUUGUCAUUUGUCAACUGAACCGUUGACCGACUUGUCAACAAGCCCUAAACAAGCAGUGCGAACACGUAAUGCUUAAUGCUAAUUCUAAUGCUAAUAAUGCUAAUUCAUGUUACACAAUCGUAACAAGUAUUCUAUGAUGUCCAUGAUUCAGACCUGACCCAAAGCAUGAUCCAACACCAGUACGUUUACACUGUACCGGAUCGAUUCCGUACCUUUUUAGGAACGUUGUAUUCAGAGGAAUUAUUGCAACAGAGAGAUGUUGUUUCGCUCCGCUUCUGAAAGUUGUACAUUCAGUAGGGAGCCUCGUUCUCAUGAAUCGUGAGACAAUGGCCUUUCGUGUUGGUUCAUGAGAGCGAGGCCAAGAAAGUAGUCAUGACGUAAUUAUCGAAAGGUGUAUUAGCCCAUUGUACAAUUUAUGCAUGAUAACUGCGAAGGUAUACAAUCACAGAGGACUUAUAUACAGAGGUCUCACUUCUGAGGGAAAACCGUAAGGUAGUUUUUACCAAAAUAGCUAGCGACCAUUUCUCUUAGGUUAGCACUAUUUUCCAUCCAGCAAACCGCCCUAUCGAUUUUCUAAAGUCUUUCUUUUUGGAUUUUUGUUAUUAAUUCGGUUAGGGUUAGAGUUAGGGUUGAGGUUAGGGUUAGGGGGUUAGAGUAGGGGUAGGGUUCGGGUUAGUUACAUAGCCAUUUAACACCUCUUCCGAAAAUGACGUCAGGUCAGUUUGCUGGAUGGAAAUUAGUGCUAACCAUUUUUCUUAGCAAGUGGCAAGUGCCUCAGGGGGCGCUCAGGAACAUUAAAUUUCAAUGUGUGUUCAGGGGGUGACUGCCUUUCUUUACGGCACUUGUUUUUUAAUAAAAGAAUAUGGCGGAGUGAAAAAAUCCCCCCAAAAUCUCUUACGCCAAUUUAAUUAACCUGAAGUGAGACCUCUGCAUGUAAAUGAUUUUAAAAAUUAAAGCAGUCAAAUGAGCAAAACAUAUUAAUUAAUAUUUGAUCCAUAUCAUCGAUAAUAAGUCGAAAAAUAUUCCACGAGUUGCUAAAAGCAGUAUGCCAGUAUAUAUUAAGUAUUUUGCUCUUUCUAUACAAGAUAAAAGUUUGUUUAAUUGAGUGUAACAAAAUGUAAUAAAAAGUGUUUAUACAUUUACAUAUAAAAUAUAAACUGACCAGUACAACCAGUUUUCCUGUCGCGUGACCGUAUGUGCGUGACGCAAACAGUUUGAUAAUGAUAUUUUCUUUGUGCUAUAAUCUGCAAGAGAGAAUGUAUAUGAUACUCUAUUUUAUACAAUAGAGUAUCAAAUUUCACAUAUUUAUUUGAUACUCUAUUUUAUACAAUAGAGUAUCAAAUUCCGCAUAUAUAAAGUAUCAAAUUACCAACGUACAGCAGCCUAAGAAAACCGGUCAGAGGAAAGGUGUCACAUUGUCACGAAGUUCAAGCAUGAAAUCUCCUGAUAUAGAAGGAUUAUUGGACACUUUAGGUCAACCGGGCAGACUGCAGAGCAUAUCUUGCUUUUGUCUGUGUGUGAAUUUAUGGGUGGUUAUGACGAAUCAUAUGUCUUCCGUAUUUUUUGCGGCGAAAACGGAGUAUUCGUGUAUAGACAAAAAUACAAGCUCCCAUGUUUUACCACUUUUGUCAAGAAAUGGACAAGCUAAAACUGACGAGUGUUUUAUAUUGAUGAAUAAUAACACGGAGAAGUGUACUGUUUGGGAUUAUCAUUUGCCUGAUGGAGAAACAACCAUAAUAUCUGAGGUAUUUAGAAUUAUAUGUAUGAAAGCAUCUCUGCAUCUGUUGUGUACUUGUGUUAAUUUGCAAAUCGAUCGUAAACAAUGGGGGGCUAGACCCCCACUUUUCUUCUGGACCAAUUUUGUAAUUAUUCCAAAACUGAAGAGAAUUGGGGGGGGGGGUAUACAUAACCUCUGCUUUAAUGCUUUCAUCUAUUGCAUAAAAUGUACUAAAUUUGUGGCGGUCAGGUUAUCAUUUUCAGAUUAGCAUGAAACAGCAUUUCGCUGCCCCCCAGACAGCUGAACCCCACAGUUGUUCUGUAUAUGUUGCCCCACCCCCAUUUACUUAUGGCUGACUAUGCCCCUGGUGGCAAUGCACACUGAGAACGCCUUACGUUAUUAUUUUACUUUGUAUAUAAAUGCCUGACAGUUUUCAUACGCAUCAAGGGGAGAGUGCUGCCACUCAAUGGAUUAAAUUUUUUAAUUGAAUUCCUCCAUUUAGUUUGACUUGGUGUGUGAUGAUGCGUAUAAGAGUGAUCUGACGACAACAAUAUAUUUUGCUGGUGUAAUGAUGGGUGGUGUGGUGUUUGGUAUUUUGGCUGAUAAGUAUGGUCGAAAACGUGUUGUUAUUUCAACAUUAUUUUUAUCUGGUAUUCUUGGUGUUGCCACUUUUGUGUUUAGAACGUAUGUUGCCUAUGUUGUACUCAGAUUUUUCUUGGGAUUUCUUAUGCAGGUAAGCAUGCGAUAAACAUGGAUGUUUUCACUAUUUUCAUGUUUUGGGCAAAUUAAGAUCAUAACCCCAUAAACCCACAUCCAUUACCCUAACCUGGGUCCGGUAGCUAAUUCCUAGGAACCUUAAAGAAGGUUGACAGAAAAGCGUAACCACUGCCAUGCCAUGAUUAGCAAUGACUUGUCAUCAAAAUGCACUCGCCAUAUUCCAGUGUGCAUAAGAGAGGCAUUCACAACCUGAACGUCUGCCAUUUUGAAUAUGUUUAGGGAGUGAAGUGUAUCUAUAAACGUGCCCCAGAACAAGUCAUUUGCAACAAAUAUAUUGUACCUUAUUUUUUAGGGUGUGCAAAAUUCUUCAUUCAUUCUUGCCCUGGAGAUGCUGCCAAUGAAAUAUCGUGCUAAAGGCGGUAUUCUGUUUGUUGGAUCUGGUGUUUUUGGUGUACUAUUUCUUGACUUUCUUGCAUUUGUUAUACAAGACUGGAAAUAUGUUCAGCUCUGUACGGGAUUGUUACCUUUUCUGCAAGUUCUUGUAUUAUGGUAAGUACGGUAUCCCCCGUAAAAUUGUCUGGUG